AUGGGAGGUCAGAGACAAGAUCCUGUUGCUUGGGAUGACAAUUUCGCCCAGGUUUCCCGGGACGUCCUGAACAUCCGCUACACCCUGCUGCCCUACCUGUACACACUGAUGUUCGAGGCUCACACCAAAGGAAGCACAGUAGUCAGACCCCUCCUGCACGAGUUUGCGAAUGAUAGAAACACAUGGGACAUACACAAGCAAUUCCUCUGGGGUCCGGCCCUCCUUAUCACCCCUGCCCUUGAUAAGGGAGUCACUAAUGUGGACGGCUAUGUUCCUAACACACGCUGGUAUGACUUCUACACGGCCAAAGAUGUUGGAGUGCGUGGAAAAAUGGUUAGCAUGCCUACCCCCUUGGAUCAUAUCAACCUUCAUAUCAGAGGGGGAUACAUCUUGCCUUGGCAGAAACCAGAGAAUACCACCCUUUACAGCCGGAGGAAUCCUUUAGGACUGAUAGUUGCCCUGAGCGACAGCGGGACUGCUCAAGGAUCGUUCUUCUGGGACGACGGAGAAGGAAUAGGCUUCCAUUUCAAAGCGAACCGCCUGCUGUCCCAUCCGCAGACCCCCCAUCCCUCCUUCCUCCCCCGCCUUGUACCCCUACCCCUCCUGGCCAACAUCGAGGCCUCAAGAUGGGGCACAGAUUACCCCCUCCUGCCCGACCUAGAUUCAGAGGUCAGUGAUCUCCGUCAGGACGCUCUCUCCGUCAUCAUGGCCUCAGACCUCGUCCUCUCCUCCCCCCCCCUGGGGCCCGGCAGCACCCAGUGCCUGCUCUGCCUGGCUCGGGUGGCCCUCAGUGCCAGCGUGGAGAUCCCUGAGCUGUGGGGGGACCCUCAGCCGAAGAGCCAGCUCCUUCAGUGCCUCCUUAAGGCACCGCAGUAUGAGGUGAGGGAGCUCGCUCUGGAGGGGGUCCUGAGGAGGCUGCAGGAGGAAGAGGAGGAUGAGGAGGAGAGGGGGCAUCAGUGGCUGGACCAGACCACCCUGUCCAACCUGACCAGCCUGGCUCUUCACGAGACACACCCCCAGUGUCUGGCUAAGACCAACCAACAGUUUCUGAAGACUGUGACGGAGCAGAGCACAGAGAUGGAGGAUCUACACAGCCAACACAGGCAGUCCAAGGCUGAGUUGAGGACGGCCACAGCCAAAGUGGAUGAGAUGACCAAAGUGCUGCAGAGUUUCCAGGACCAAAUGCAGAGACGGGAGGAAGAUGUGGCAGAGGCUCAGGGUCGAGAGGACGCAGCAGACAGGCGGCUCCAGCAGCUUCAGGCAGCCCUGAGCCAGCUGGAGGCCAGACUACAAGCUGCCACCCAGGAGGCUGAGGCGGUUCGCAGGGAUCAAACUGUGUGGGAGAGAAAGGUGGGGGAACUUCAAAAUCGCUGCAGCACCCUGGAAGAGGAGAAGUACGAAGCCCUGGCCAAAGUUAGAGAGAGUGUUCAGGUGGCUGAGGAGGCUACAUUGCAAAGGGAACAGGUCCUGUUAAGAGAGAAACAGAAAAAAGAUGAGCUGGAGAAGACAAAGGAGGCCAUCAAACAGUUAAUCCAGGAUGCUGCAGUACGCACAAGGAAAGAGUCUGUUUUUUCUUCCUUUGGUAAUAAAGGCACAUGCUUGCUUGGAACAUUGGAGGUGGAUAAUGUGCGCAAGCAGUGCAACGUCCAAAUCCACCGUAUGGCUGAGGAGCUGUCUGCGCUGCAGCUUGAGUGUGCAGAUAAAGAGUCUCAGAUUGAAAGGUCCCUACGAGAGAGGAAAGCUGUAGAAGAGGAGCUGGAGAAGGUGUAUAAAGAGGGGCGCGCAGAACCAGAGUUCAGGAAGAUUGACGCUCUUCACCAGAGGUGUCUAGAUGCAGAGAGGAUGAAGGAAGACAUAAGUCUCACUCUGCAGAGCACCAAAAACAGACUAAAAAAGAUGGGGAUGGACUACAGUGAGGAGAUCUCGCGGUGUCAGGAGGAAGUGCAGCGCCUGCAGAGCUCUCUGGUUUCGGCCCGGGACGACUGUGUCGGCGUCAGCGAGGAACGGCUGCAACUGCAGAGAGAGAACUUGCAGCUCCACAAAGACAUGGAUGAGCUGCGCAAGGCUACCAUGCUGGUCCAAAAGAAGGCCAAACAACAGCUGGCACAGAUGGAGCAGGAGUACAGCCUGAAGGAGCAGGGAUUGGACGCACGCGUGCAGGAGCUGGAAGAUAGCAGCCGGAGCUCCUGCGCUGACCUGACGCGCCUCCUCGCGGCUCAGCAGAAAAGCACCCAGCGCUGGAAGGAGGAGGCCAAGAACCUCGUUCAGGCCUUCGAGACUAAAAUGACAGGCUUCAAAGGCGAGCUGAAUCGGCAGAAGCAGCGUUCACAUGAGCUGGAGAUGCAGCUGGAAAAAGACCAUAAUACUGUUGCUGAGUAUGAGAGGCAGCUAGCAGAGUAUCAAGAGAAGGCGAGUCGUCUCCAGAGAAGGCUGACACAAUCUGAACAAAAGGCCAGCACUGCUACACAACAGCUGAGUAUGUUGGCGUCACAGCGAAGAAAGACAGCCAUGGUGGAUCCAGACACUCUAUAACAGCAACUGUUCCUUUGCUCAAGGAAAAUAACCAUGUGUGAUUUUAGGGCUUAUUUGCACUAUUUGUAGAUAUGAUAUUACCUUAAUACAUAAGACAGCAAUUGUGUUGUCGGUGCCCUUGUGAAAUGGCAACAUGUUUUGUACACUAAUAUACCACAUUUUGUAAAUGUUAUUUAUAAGGGUAUGAUUUGUCAUGUGUUGUAGACUAUGUAAAAAUAAACUUUGUUACAAUAAAUAAAC